AUGUCAGGAAAAGCUGAGGAAUUCCCCAAAAAGACGUUGGGUCAAGAUGUUCCUGUCAACCUUCUGCCACUUGCACCUGUUUUAGGAAGCAACGGUCAAAAUAGGUUUGGUUGUGAAAGUAACCCAGAGACAUCCAAGCAACUACCCACAGAUAUUAAUGAGAAUAACUCAAACAGUGACAAGGGCAAUAAGAGCACAUCUGUUACACAGCACAAAGGGAAAUUGAAGCCAGAAUCUGAUAAUGAGAGUAUCACCAAGUUGAAAGAAACAGAGGAGAAAGAGGAUUUUGCUAAGGAAAAUGUGAUACAGCAUAUUGGCACGGAUAACUAUGUACAAAUACCAGCAGAAGCAAAGACAGAACUCCAAAACAUGUCUCUUCAAAAUAAUGUACAAGUCCAUGUAUUGAAGAAAGACUUAAAACAAGAUACUGAACCACUGUCUGUAGAUAAUGUCAGUGAACUUGUGGGUACAAAGAGUUCUACAGUGCAAUCCUCAUGUUCACUUGGAAAUAAUUCUCCAGUCAAUCUACAAGUUUGUACAAAUAUUAACCAGAAUAACCCGAUGACAGAGGACAAUGCUAAUAAAGUUCCUUUACAAUUACAUUCGCAAGAUAAUGGUCUACCAAAAACUGAUAUUUCUCAACUAUCAAAAGAGCAAAUCCAUGCAGAGGAAUGCACAACAGAGACCAUAUCAUCUACAGAAAACAAAAGUGUCGUUCAAUCUAUCAGUAAGGAUUUUGGCUCUUGUGAUUCCCUGUCUUGGUCUCAUGGAACUCAUACCUUUCCACCCCAGGAAUGUAACAGUCCUCUUACAACAGAAGUAAGCUCUGCCCCUACUGCCAAAGUGGAAAUGCACUCCCUUUUGCCUCAUGACUUAGAAAGUGGAAGGCGCCCUUCUAGCGCUUCUCAGUAUGAUAACAUGUCAGAUUUGGAUCAGUGCGAAUGGCCCCCAUGCCCAACAGAUGCGUCCUUGGAUAAACUAGAAAAUGAAGCAUGGCAGGCUAACGUUUGCAAUGUUUUAGAUUUGUCCACAGAAAGAACCAAACAUGCUGACAAGCUUCCACAACUCUCACCUUCCUUGUCUUGCCAGCAAUGGCCAUCAGGCAGUGUGCCCACAUUAAUGAUUACAGACACGGAUCUAAAAGAGCCUGUUAACGUUUGUACAAAAUCUUCACCAUCCAUACCUGGCUGUUUCAGCCCCUGUCAAGUGAUAAAGACAAUUACCCAUGUCCAAGUGUCUCACGGCAUGACUCAAAACUUACAAAACAGCAAGCAAAAAGCACUUCCAUUGCUUGAUGGUUCUCAGCAAGGUGUCGUUUCGUUAAGCUUAAUCAUGAAUACUGGUACUUCAGCCACUAAUAUGAGUGGUCCUACAAGCCAAGAUAAAAAAAAACCUAUAAGUUCCACACCGAAGGUACAAGCAAAAUACCCAGCCAUUCCCAAAGCAAACUCAGAGAACAAUUUUAAUACAGGCCAUCAAAUCAUGCCACAUAUGUCUAAGUCGGUGACAUUCUGAAUAGUGACACAAAAAGCCUCAUGUGCUGUUUGUCUUGUCCCAUUGUGCAGUGCUGUGUGUAAGCCAUUUUUAUGCAGGACAUAAAAAUUAGACAUGAGUUACUGACACAAAUGUUGCCCUUAAAGAGGAUUUUCAGCUGCACCAAUUCAGCUGGCUCUUUUUUUAAUUUUUUUAUUUUGUGCAUCAUGAAAUCUAAUCUUCUACUUCUAUUUUUUUUUCUACCUGUAAAUUAAUCACAAAGUGCUUUUUUUUUCUCUAUGGUCAUGCUUUGGUUGUCAGGAAAAAAAUACAGUUAAUAAUAAUCCAGUAGUGCAAAAAAAAGAGCACUUUUUAAAUAUAUUAUCACUCUAGGAUUUCAUGCCAGAAUUUCAAGAAAAUAGCUUUUGUAUUAUUUUCUCCUCUUCUUCGGUAUAAUGAAGUACAUAUUGUAGCUGUUUUUUUUUUUGUUUUUUUUCUAACCUAUGUAUUUAUUGCCUAUGGUUCUUCCUUAUGUUAAUUCUUUAAGCCAUUCCUAGGCAGACUCCACAUAUGUUCCGUGUUUUGCCAGCUUAAUAUUGCAAAAUAGGAAUACAUUGAAACCUGUUUAGCUUCCGGACAGAACUUGUGUCAAAGAUAACAUCAUGUUGACAACCACCUGCAACAUAGAGAUCCCUGUCUGACCUAGUAAGUGUUAUAUAGAAUUAUAUAGCACACUGCACAUUGCUUUAUUAAUGCAAAACGUAUUAUUCGGCAAACUAGCCUUGAUGCGUGUUUUUACAUACAUUUACAUUGCAUGCAUCCUUUCCCCUUUAUUUAUUGCAUACUGAGGGAAAAAUAAUCCUCCUUUUUUUUUCCUAGGUCAAAAAAUCAUGAUAGAGUUGGCAGUAUUUACAGUGGUAAUUAUUUUAAUUACAUUGAUCUAUUUUUUUAUUUUUUUUCCGUAACCAUUCUCACCCUUGGUUGAGUCUAUGCAAUAAUCCAGCAAUAUUCAUUAACAAAAAAAAAUCAUUGUUAAACAUAUUGCUUAUAUCUUAGAUUACAUUAGAAUAGGAAAUUUAGAAAUGUUGAAAUCAAGCCAAAUGGCCAAAAGUACCAGCUAAGUGUAAAUUUUUUUUUCUGCAAUAAUUUUCAAGUUAUUUAUUUCAACAUAUAUAUAUUUUUACACAGGUGCAGACCAAAGGUUUUUUAACAUUAUUUUCCUAUUUAUUUAAAUAUCUCUCUUAUUAGCAACGUAAUUGAUAUUUUAAUUUGCAGUGCAUAAGUGUGAAAGUUACGCUAUUUUGCUUGGUGAUUGAAAUUUUUUAUUAAAGUUUAAAUGUGUGACAUUUUAUAUGGUUUGUGAUUUUAAUAUAUUCAAUUUAAGCCACAUUUCAUUCUCUUCAGUUUUUUUGUUUUGUCCUGUUUUUUUUUUUUUUAAACAUAUCACUUUCACGGUUAUAUUUCACCACAGACUGUUACAUAUUAGUAUAACAUAUAGCUGUUCUGGUUAUAUGUCGAUUCAUUUUUAUUUGUAGGUAGCAGAUAGCCUAAUAGCAUACAGUGCAUCAUCGAAGAAACUUUUUAAUAACAGAAAAGAGCAAAUGUCCCUCUUGACUACCCAUUUCUUAACUAGAAGCACAGGUAUUCUCUUCAAUUCAUUAUUACUUGGGGCAGCAAUGUAUUUAGUCUCCACCACCACUGAUGAAAAUCCCUUCCAAGUUUCUACUAUUCUUUCCAUGAACUAUUCCUAGCAUGCUCUAACCCUCAAAGAGACACUCCGGGUACCAAUAAAUGUUUUGCAGAAUGCUGUUCUUUAAUCCCACCUUUUUUAACCACACCCCUUCAAUCCAGAAAAAGACUUCCUUAUCAAAAAGAUAUGCUCACAGCUCAGCCACUGACAGUACUGAAUGAUCUGAACAACAAAAUAGCCUGCAAUAGAAGGAGAGGACACCUGUUUGUAGUUUAUUGGUCUGCAGCCAGUUUGUGAAUUAAAAGCAGCUCACUCAGUGCUGUUAGGGUUGAGACUGUGUGCCUACCUUUGAUAAGGAAGUCUUUCUGGUAUGAUUAAAAAGGCAGGCUUAUGGUGCAGCACUCUUCAAAACAUUUAUUGGUGCCAAGACUGUCCCUCUAAAUUUCCUUCCUGUGACUUCAGGUUCCAUCUUUCUAGCUGUCCUGUUUCUACAAAUUUGGGCACAACUUUGUACUUUGUUAUAUUCCUUAAAAUAUUUGUAACUUUCUUCCAGAUAACUACAAUCACUUUGUACAAUCUUGAUUGAGCUAUAUCAUUUUGCAAACCGUCCAUUCUUUUGGAAAACCAUUUUUAUUGAACAUUUGUUUUCCGAAAAUAUGUUCUUCAUAGCUGGACAAAAUGAAGAUUAUGUAUAAAAGUGGCAAAAUUAUGACACCAGAAUUGUCUUUAUUUAUGUACAACAUAAGUGCUUGAAAAUUAAAUUGGUAUCCGCUACUCCAAAAUUGAAAUGUGUUGUAGUAUUGUUUAAUUAUUGGUAUUUUUUUUAAGUAAAU